AUUUACGUUAUCACGCAAUGACAUCCCAACGUAAUUUAGCAACAAAUCAACGUGCCUCAAGCAACUUAACCUGAACAUUUGUUGGCAACACUAGUCAGAAGACUAGUAGCGCAAAGUCCUACAACAAAUUGCAGGACAGUGUAAACAUGUAGCUAACAGGCGCAUAAUUAGCUUCUGAAAUUGCCGAUAUAGCAGCGAUAUGACUUUUCGAAUAGCAUAGGUUUUUGUUUUUCAGUAGCGCAAACCUGUUCGUAUGGCGUAUUCAUCUCAUUGCCUUCACUGUUCGUUUAUUUAAAUCGCUAUUUAUCAGGAUUAUCCCAAAACAGUUAGUUUUGAUUCUGUCCGGUAGUAACAAAUCGAGAUGGACUACUUGUUACAGGUGAAAAUAGGUGCCCUCGUGGGUUUGUUGCUCCUGACGCUAUUUUUCGGAUUUAUUCCUGCUCGGAUGAAGUGGUUCAGAGAAACCAGUGGGACAGAAACCCAUCGGGUGGUCCUGAGUUUCAUCAGCUGUUUUGCUGGAGGAGUCUUCCUGGCUGCCUGUCUCUUGGACAUCAUCCCAGACUACCUGUCAGACAUCAAUGCUGAGCUGGCUGCGCGGAGUGUGGACACCAGCUUCCCCCUCCCAGAGUUCAUCAUGGCUGCAGGCUUCUUCACUGUGCUCAUUGUGGAGAGGAUCGUUCUGAACUGCAGACAAGAUGCCAUGCAAGGGUCAGACCAGGAGGGAGCACCUCUGAUGCGGGCCAAAGGGCACAGCCAUGGGAAAGCUAUAUCCACCAACCUGGAGGGUAGUGCCCACCACGUCCACAUGGACCUCCAGGCCCACUCCUCCUUUCGCUCAUUCAUGCUCUUUUUCUCACUCUCCCUCCAUUCUGUGUUUGAGGGCCUGGCCAUCGGACUGCAGACCACAGACUCAAAGGUAUUAGAAAUCUGCAUUGCCAUUGUGGUCCACAAGAGCAUCAUCGUGUUCAGCCUAUCGGUGAAGCUGGUGCAAAGCGCAGUCCCGCCCAUGUGGGUUGCGGCCUACGUGGGCGUCUUCGCUAUGAUGUCUCCGCUGGGCAUCGCAGUGGGCAUCGGGGUUAUCGAGGCCCAGCUGGCGGCAGGCGUUCUGAUCCAGGCCAUCCUGGAGGGGCUGGCUGCCGGGACCUUUAUUUACAUCACCUUCAUGGAGAUCCUGCCUCACGAGCUGAACUCCCCGGAGAACCAGCUGCUCAAGGUGUUCUUCAUUCUGCUCGGCUUCAGCGUCAUGGCGGGCCUCACCUUCCUGGGUUGAGAGCAUGUCACCCACUGGGGCAACUGACCUAGCAGGAAUAUGGGGGUGGCUCAUAUGAUUCAUGGUACUUGAUGUUGUGUACUAUGGUCGCCAUGAGGGGAGGUGUCUCGGGGAGAUGGCCAACAUAAAAAAAAAAAAUCAUUUUUUUCCUGCAGGGUGUGUGCAGGGGAGAUUACUGUGCCCAUGUCUGGCUGUACCCGUGUGCCACUUUUAUUUGAGGGUCAUAGCUGUUCUUACUCAGUAUUUUUGUUUUUAAGGUUGUGAUACUCAUUGUUUUUUAUACAGCUUUUAGCAUAGAUUUUAAUUUCACAGCCAAGGAUGGUAAGACAGUCUUUCAUUUAAGAACUUUUAAUGAUUUCAAAUAGAUUAUAUUUAGUUAGGUUCUACGUCUUAAUUUGAUUUGUUUUAGCACUGGGAAAAUAAGUACACGGUGGCAAUAUUGGUUGUUUUUAUUCUGUGGCAUACAUACCAGUAGUUGUUAUUAUAUUCUUUAACAAUCGCUGUUUGUCAUCUUUUUCACAUAACUGAUGAUCACUGAAAAAAAGAGCUGUUCAAACGGACAUGAUUGCCUGGUCUCUUUAGCAAAUGACAGGUGUGGCAAGGAGUAGAAUGUUAGCUAAAAAGAUGGUCUGAGUACCUAACAUCUCUUAAUAGUCAAAUGAAUCUGUCGCAUCAAUGUCUCAUUAUGUAUACAAGUUAAAAUGUCAAUUGCAUCAUGUUUACACUAUUUGGAUGUGAGCAUUAUUUUGUAGCCUCCACAGUUAAAUCGAAGUAUUAAAUGUUUUAUCAAUGUUGUGGAACAAAUUGUUUUCACCUUGAACUAUACUAUGCCUUACAAAUGACUAAAGCUGUUUUUAUUGUCAGAGGAUGGGUGCAAUGAAAUGUGUUUUACAGGGUCAGCCAUAGUAGUACGGUGCCCCUGGAGCAAAUUAGGAUUAAGUGCCUUGCUCAAGGGCACAUCGGCAGAUGUUUCACCUUGUUGGCUAAUAUGCAAAGACAAAACAUUGUGACCAACAUUUUACAGUAUUUCUUUUUAAGACAUUGCAUAGAACCUCACAAUAUUGUCUGUGAAAUCAACAGAUGUGUUAAAUGUACCUAUAAUAUAUCAAUGAUGUCUACAAUGUAUUUUACAUGAGAUACUUGAGUGAUAGUUAGGGAGAGACACUUGUCCUUCAGUGUUAAAACACCAUCUUGGUAUGUGUCGUUUUUUACCUCAUCACUUUUUGCGUGGAGGCGUCAUUCCUUUCGUAAUCGGCAUGACUCAAUCGAGUGUAUUGUCAGUGCCACAUCACGAGUUUGAUACAGAGCAAUAAUCCGAUCACUUUUUAGAGACCAUAAUAUUUUAAAGAGAGAUUAUGAAGUUAUUUUAGAGAGGUUAAGAAGUUCAACUAAAGCAUGUGUGUUCCUCAUUGUGUUGAUAGUUCCCAUAUCCCAGCCAUGAGUCAUGUUUCUGUUGUGUUAACAAGGCUUCAAGUUUAUAACACUCACAAGUGACCCUCAGCUUCCUCGUACUCCUCUGACACUGUUGCAGUAAAAUAAUGAUUAAACAAGUUGACUAGGAUUUUGUUUAAAGUGUCUAUUGCGUAUGCUUUUGCUACAUGCACGCUCAUCAUGAUUACUAAGAGAAGCAUGGGGUUUUAUUUUUAGUAGGUGGGCAGGCUGGAGAAAUUGAGGUUCAGUGAUCGUCAGCCUGUGAUUUGUGCCCUGAAAUAACUGGAUGGUCUGACUGCGUUUACACAGGCAGCCCAAUUCUAAUAUUUUGCCCAAUUAUCGGCAAAAGAUCUGAAUUCGUCUGUAAACGCAGCCUAAGUGUCCCCAAACCUAUGUAGUUACGUCGGUAGGUAUAGUGUGGCACCUUAAUUGGGGAGAACGGGCUUGUGGUAAUGGCUGGAGCGAAGUUAGUGGAAUGGUAUCCAACACGUGGUUUUCAUGUAUAUGAUGCCAUUCCAUUUGCUCCAUUCCAGCAGCCUCGUGUGCAUUACAAUCGAAGCCGUUUGUGGGAUGAACAAUUUCAAACAAAGGUAACAUUUUGAUAAUAGUAAUAAAAUGGUCGUCUUGGGUAAUGAGGUUUAGAUUGCGUGCAUAUACAAUUUUAAAUAUGUAAUUAGACAUCACAAACUGGUGUAUGUUAAGCACUAUAUAUUUUUAACUAGGCAGUUGAUAAUAGGAUAUGUAGAAGGGUGAGCCGGGGAUCGAUUCAGACAAGGUGGUAAAAUUGUACGACAAGCGACAGUUUAUUCAGAGUGAAGAUAUCUGGUACAGCGUAAUUACGGCCCUUCCGUUAGCUCAACAGAACCAGCAGGAAAGAGAGCGAGUUAACCGCUACACACACAAUUUAUACAGAACAGAAAGUAGGUUGAUUCUAGAAGAUCGGUUCUUCGGAUUGGUUCAGGCUGGGGGUAGUCUUCUUGCAUUGGCUCAGCUGGGCCGUCCGUCACUCUAGAAUCCCGCCGUCACACAAUGUUCAGCUAACAAAGGAGAUUUGGUGUGUGCGCUGUGUGAAAGCUAUCCUGUAUGGGACCUAACAUGUUUCACUGUGAAAAUACGUUGUCUCAGUUAUAGCAAUGUAAUAGCAGUAAGCUGGUCAUUAGCAUAAGAAAUAGCACUUCCUAACACAGUCAAUAACAAAUUCUUAUUUACAGUGAUGGCCUCAGAACGGUGCCUUGUUCAGGGGCAGAACGACAGAUUUUUACCUUGUCAGCGCGGGGAAUCGAUCGAGCAACCCAACGCUCUAACCACUAUAGUUACAUUAGACCUGCCUGUCUGUGCCUGUUACUACAAUGUUUACUGAUUUGAUUUAUUCUGUAUAGUGUAAUUUCUAGUGGAUCAUUAGCCAUAAUUUCAACGAGUUGAUUAAAAGUCUAUGGUUUAUUACUGAGCCAUUUGUGCCACUAGGUGGGAGUAUUGGUUACAGAUUUCAUGUCCACACUGCAUCUCCAGCUGUUGGCUGUUUACUUGUACCGCAGAGAGCCUGGGCGUCACCAUGCCAAGCCUACUCAUCUCUAGACAUGCCAUGACCAUAACAUUGUCUAUUUGCUUUCUUCUUAACUGUCUUUGAACUCUUGGUGUCAACAUGGCAUCCGUGACAGUUCCCUGCUCCUUAAAACAAAGUUAAGUUUCCAAAUUC